UGUUUCAGAAGCUAGACUGCAUUCGACGGCACGAGCGAUGUUGUGACUUCAGCGAGUCAGCUGCUAAUUGCAGUGCAUUAAGGGGGGUUAGCAAUGGUCUCUGCUAUUUAGACCUGUUUUCUUCUUUUGAGUUUAAUGCCGGGGCUCGUUUCGCCUGUAUGGACGCUUAGGCGACAGAAGUCAGGACCUCCUGUAUAUAAACAAAACGCAGCGAGCUGCUUUUUAAGGUGGCACCACCGAGACAGCAGCUAGGAAAGUCGUUCGUUAAGUUAGCUAACUUCAUGUUGGCCGCACUGUCAAAGAUGGAGCUUGCUUCACGGCUUUGUCAGAAGUAACACGAUUUAAAUAAAAAUAAAACUUCAAAACGUAUCUGUGUUAACAUGAGAGAAGAGGCCGGUUUGAAAGGUAGGCAGCCUAUGGCAAGAGAAAGAGGGGGUGAACGUCGCUGCAGCUGGCCCCAGUUGACAGAGGAGAAAGGACUCUCUAACAAAAAGGGUGACCUGAGGUCUCCUGGUCAUCUGUCCAGGUCUUAGUAGUGUAAAAAUAAAGACUUUGGCUCGACAUGGAGACGGUGGGGAAAUUUGAGUUCAGUCGGAAGGACCUGAUAGGACAUGGCGCAUUUGCUGUGGUCUUUAAAGGUAGACACCGAGAGAAACAUGACUGGGAGGUGGCAGUAAAAUGCAUCAACAAGAAGAACCUAGCCAAAUCUCAGACUCUGCUGGGGAAAGAGAUCAAAAUACUGAAGGAACUCAAGCAUGAGAACAUUGUUGCUUUACUGGACUUUCAGGAAACUGCCAGCUCAGUGUACCUGGUAAUGGAGUACUGCAACGGCGGCGAUCUCGCUGACUACUUACACUCUAAGGGCACACUGAGUGAGGACACUAUUCGGGUUUUCCUGCAGCAGAUUGCAGGAGCCAUGAGGGUCCUACAAUCCAAAGGAAUAAUUCACAGGGACCUCAAGCCACAGAACAUCCUGCUUUCUUACCCACCAGGAUGCAAGUCACACUCCAACAACACCUGCAUCAAGAUUGCGGACUUUGGCUUUGCGAGGUACCUUCAGAACAACAUGAUGGCAGCCACGCUCUGUGGAUCCCCUAUGUACAUGGCUCCUGAAGUAAUUAUGUCCCAAAACUAUGAUGCCAAGGCUGACUUGUGGAGUAUAGGAACAAUAGUGUUUCAGUGCCUGACUGGAAAAGCUCCUUUUCAGGCCAGCAGUCCCCAAGAUCUCCGGCUGUUCUAUGAAAAAAACAAGAAUCUCAGCCCUAACAUUCCCAGAGAGACUUCAAGCCACCUGAGGCAGCUGCUGCUGGGUCUGCUGCAGCGCAACCACAAAGACCGCAUGGACUUUGAUGACUUUUUUUGUCAUCCUUUCCUGGAGGCUAGCUCAUCUGUGAAAAAGACAACUCCUACUGUGACCAUGACUUGUUUGCCCAGCUCUGCAUCAGCCAGCUCUUGUAGCAGCUCUUCCACGUCUCACCUCGCCUCACCACCGCAGUCGCUUGCUGAGAUUCAGCAGUUGCGAGCCAAAGCUCUGGCCUCUCCCACCCAGGAGGCCACUGGUUUUCUCCUUAAGGACUCGUCUGGAGGUGGCGGCAGCAGCAAGAACUCCUCCUCCUGUGACACAGAUGACUUUGUGAUAGUGCCUGCUCACUUCACCACAGGUGAGCUGACAAGUGAGAGUAAAGUGCUGCAGGACAGCCUAAUGAACAGCGGCUCUCUUUUAGCUUCUGCUGGUCUGUGUAGCCAAGCCAAAACACCGCCGCACUCGCCUUCCUACAGUGGAUCACCAAGUCCUGUCAGGCCCAGCGAGUUCUCGGGAAGUAGCUAUGGAAACCAUGGUCAGUCAUUGCCUAUUCCAGUCCCCACUCAGGUCCAGAAUUACCAGCGCAUGGAGCAAAACCUCCAUCCUACCAAACAGGAUGGUUCGCCACGGCUGUCAACACCAGUGCGCCGCUGCAGCAGUGGAAGCUUGUUGGGCUGUGCUAGGACUGGACCUUCACCACCCUAUGGGCAGGGGGCUGUCACCACCACCACUACCACCCGCAGGUUCUCCCUGGGAGGUGCCAGAACUUUGCAGCUCUCUCCUCAAGCUCUGCAGCACACUGAACCCAGGCUGAAUUCUCAGCAGCAACCACAGAGGGCAGGACUUGGCACAAGGCUCAACAGUGCCCCCUGUCUGUUGGACUGUGCCACUGGUGGUGGCAGGCAAAAAAUCCGAAAGCAGCACUCGGACCCUCUGGGUACUCCCUCAGCCGGACUCAUGGCUGUCCGCCCCUUACACUCUUCGCCCAGACUGAGUGAGCUGAUGCAGCGUAAUCCUCUCCCCACUAUUCUGGGCUCCCCCUCCAGGGCCAUCCCGCCAUUUGAAUUCCCCAAGACUCCGAGUUCUCCGAACCUGGUGACCUUCCUGACACAGCAGGGUAUGGUCAUAGGCUCUCCGUGCAGCAGGACUGCCCCAGCAGAGCUCAGAGACCUGGUACACCAAGCACCCACACCGGUCACCCAUUCUCCUCAUUGCAUCCACAGACGGAAUGAUGAUACCAAGAGCUUUGGAAGGUCUCAAAGUGCCGGUGGUCUGUCCGACGUGCUGCUGAUGGCUGCGUUUGGACCUGGUGGACCUGCAGGUGACCGAGGCAGCACAGAGAACCUGACCUCUGAAAAAGCCAUAGACAUAACAGGAUCCCCGGGUGGCGGGGGAGGCUUUGCACCGAGCUCUGGCAGCCCAGCACAGGUGGUUUUCACUGUAGGAUCUCCACCUAGUGGCAGCACUCCACCCUUUACCUCCAGACAGAGAAAAUACUCAGGCUCAUUCACUUCAGGCAGCCCUGCAGGCUCCUUAACCAGCCGUCACCCUCCGACAGGCACCUGUUUGGAUGGCUUUGAGGCUUCUUCCAGUCCUCGUUUCAGUUUCCCCAAUCCCAUCACAGCCAACAUGGGCGGUCGCGUCACCUUCGAGGCUCCCGAGCUGCCCGAAGAGACGCUGAUGGAGCAGGAGCAUACAGACACUGUGCAAAGGCUGCGGUUCACAUUGGAUUUUGCUCUGUGUCUAAUGGAGGUGGCUGCUGCCCGUGGUGCUACAGUGACAGGGGAGCAGGGGGACUUUUCUCAUCUCUCUCUCCUUCAGCAGCAGAGCCUGGUAGCAGAUCAGAUAAGCUCGCUGAGCCGAGAGUGGAGUCAUGCAGAACAGCUGGUUCUCUACCUUAAAACUGCAGAACUCUUGUCCAAUGCCUUACACACAGCCAUGGAGCAAGUUAAACAGGGCAAGCUCUACCCAUCUGCUACUGUCAAACAAGUUGUGAGAAAACUAAAUGAGCUGUACAAGUCCAGCGUGGCAUCCUGCCGCUCACUCAACAGCCGUCUGGAGCAUUUCUUUACCCGGAAGCAUCGCCUAAUGGACCAAAUCACCUCUAUCACAGCGGAACGGCUGCUGUUCAGCCACACUGUGCAGAUGGUUCAGGCUGCUGCGCUGGAUGAGAUGUUCCACCAGGGGGAAGCAUCGGUCCUGCGCUACCACAAAGCUCUCUUACUGAUGGAGGGCCUGUCUCUGCUGCUCACUGAACAGGAUGACAUCAUCAGUGUUAGCAAAUGUAAAGAGUGCAUUGAACGGCGCCUCACAGCUUUGCAGGCAGGGCUCUGUAUAUGAUAGCCCUGCACUAUUUUGGGGAAUGUGGAAAGUAUGACAGUCGUUUGCACCCCGCACAUUACUAACCAAAUUUCCACACGCCUCUCAUGGUUCUCCAAACACGAGUGUUGGACGUAAAGAGGAUUUUGCUUCCGGCUCUGAAAAUGCCAAGAAGACUCCCCUCACUUCAAGUAUGGCAUUCAGGAGCAAUUAUUUCCAAGUAUUCGCAUUAGCCACAUAUGGUACUUAUCUAAACGCAUAGCUUUUGAAGAUCAACAGAUAUCCUUGCUAUGACCUUGCAGUGCGCCACUAUAGACAAAAUGGUCACACAGGAUCACAAACUGGAGGGGAAGUGCUGUGGACAUGUGCUGAUUUAAAAAAAAAAAAAAAAAAAAGUUGGAUUGUCCGACUAUCAUCCUCAUCAAAUCUACAUCUGUUUUAUACCCCUUGUUUGCUUUCCUGUGUUGUUUGUGGUUUUUUUGUUUGUUUUUUUUGCUUUUUUUUUCCUCUUUGGGGGUUUAUGUAAUUAUUUUCUUGCUGACGGGAAGUGUACAGUAUGCGGCAUUACUACAACUGGUGACCAGAAGUGCACACGCACUGUUUCAAAAUCGUUGCCAAAAUAACUUUUUUUUUUUUUUUCUUUCAAGGUUUUGUUUUUUGUGUAUGUGUGUUUGCUUUAGAUUAACUUUAGGUAACUAAACUGUGCUAUAUAGAAGAAGAAAAAACUAUCUGACACUUUAAUGAUUCUAUACUUGCUUAAUAUCAAAGACCAUACCUUUUUGCUUGCACCGUGCGGUGUCGAAGGGAUUAAUUUGAUUAGUUUUCUAAAAGGUGGCUGGUAUUAAGGCAGAGAAUGGGUCCAGAAAACACUCGUUACCCACCGCUAAAGCGUGGGUAUAGCUUUUAAUUCAGAAGGGGUUGAACGUGGUCUCUUAGCAUCUUUGAUCACAAUCAUGUUAAAAAUGCUGCAAUAACCUGGACUAUAUUCUUCAGGUAUACAGAAGCUUAGGUGCUGCUGGGGCUGGUUAUGCCUUCACAUGAAUUCCACUUUUUUUUUCUGUCUUUUAAUCUUUUAUCUGUCAACUCAUUUAGCAAGUAUAAUCAAAUCUGAAUGUAGGGGCUGUCUGGAGAGAAACAGCAUUAAUAUUAGACUGAAUGUUAGAUAUUUAACAUUUAGGCUGAUCUUGGGGCUGAAGUCUGAAUGUUUUUGCACUGUUAAAGUACUGUACAGAAAGACCGUGAGUGGAACAUGGUAAACGUGUCCAGUUUUUGUAGAUACUUUGACUUGUUUAUGACAGGAGAUCUGCUUGUAUACGUUUUUAAUGCAGUUUUAGUUGUAAUACAGUUACUGUCAAAAUGUAAUGUUAGAUGUGGGAAUGUUGACAAAGAGAUGAUAUAAGCUAUAUGAGAGUUCUAUUAGAAGAAAAUGGAAAAGAGAUUUCUUUACACUGAAAACAAAAAAAAAUGCAUUGAUUGUGUUUGUGCUUUAUUUUAUUGUAGUGGGUAAUGGUUUUUUUUACCUUUUGUUUGACUUCUGAAAAGUGACAUGUUGAAGUGCUAAGAUUUGUGUGUGGGGUUUUUUUGUUUGUUUUUUUACAUUGACCUUUUUGACAUUCAUCCCAACAACCUAAAAUGCGGGCCAGCUGAAAAAUCUCCUUCAGCUGCUUUUAAAAAAAAAAAAAGUUUUUAAAGAAGAGUUUGUUUGCAUGCUUUGGUUUUGUGAAGCAGUGCUGUUUGUGGUGCAGCGGUUGAAGCUGUGACACAGCUCCGUAACAUGGGAAAUAUUUUAAUUUUGACUCCAACUGAAUGCGUGGAUGUGGUUAGCUAAAAGUAAAAUACCACUUUGAGGAAUAAAAAGUGGCACAUCUAGGACCUGUAGUACUUUCUUUCCCCUAACGUGUAAUUUCUCGAGCUUUUACAAGUUAAUGAAGGUGGGGUUGUGUGGUCACGUCUGAAGUUUACAGUGACGCCUGUCAGCAGAAAAGAAUGGAGGAGAGACUCAUCAAAAUAUCCUUUGUGUGCAUUUUCUUUGUUGCCCUUUGUCAAGUUUCUGUGAAAUGCAGAUUUUGCUCUACAUGUAUGCAGAUGUUUAAGUGUACAUUCCACAAAUCAAAUCAUCCACGGGCUCCCUGUCUCUGCACUUGCUGCUCUGUUCACAUCCCUCGUAAUUUAAAAACAAAAACAAAACCUCCUGUAUGUGUCACUUUUUACUGUCCCAUACAAUCAUAAAGAUGUUUGCCUCCAGUAGGACUCAAAAGCACCAUGAAGACGACGGGUGCAAAACUCGAGAUGCCUAAGAGAGUGCAAGUGAAGAGUAAUUUUUACUUUGGUGCACUCGAUCAGGAAACCUGUCACCUAUUUGGUUAAUUUGUUUUGUAUGUUUGCUAAACAACGUACCCAAAUGAUUUCUUUUUACACUUUUACGUUACUAAUUCUGUAAAACUUGUAAAUAUUGUAUUUUAAGUUAUUGUUGUUGGCAUGGAGAGAACAGCACCAUACCACCUAUACAUUCCCAAAGACAAGGCCUUCAGCUCAGUCAUCCACAUUGUCUGUUUAAUGUUGCAAAAGCAUUUAAAUGUUGUCAUAUCCAUAACAGACACUAGCUCAGUGUCCCUGUGUGUGUGAUGUAAUAUUUACUGUUUGGGAGCUACAUCAUGAAUAAAGUGAAAGGAAAGAUCA